AAAAGUCUCAGUAGGUAGUGCUAAUCUUUAAUCCAAUUGUCAAACCUGUACACCCGACGUCCGGUGGCAAUAUUUCAUUCAGUUUUCGAGUCUUGCUAAAUUCAUACGUUUUUCAUUCGUUUCGUUUUCUGUAUUUAUACAAAAAAAAAAUCAUAAAAAAAUAUUCAAAAUUCUACACAAUAAAUAAGAACAUAAAAGAUUUUUUUCUCAUCGUCUGCACAUCUUCUUUUUUGUUCAAUAAUUUUUGUUUGUUCGUUUUACGUUGCAAGUAAACGAGAGAGACUAGACACAGAUUCCAAUCCCAAACCCGUUACCGAUACCCAUAGCCAAGAUGUCUGGAGAAAUUUUUUGUCACAAGUGCAAGGAGGUCAUCACCAAGCGCAUGAUCACCGCCCUGGGCAAGACCUUCCAUCCGGAGCAUUUCCGAUGCCGGCAUUGCGAGGAGCAGAUCGACGAUGCCACCUUUAACAUACAGGACGGCGAGCCGGUGUGCACCAAGUGCUUCACGGAACGCUACACGCACACCUGUGCCGGCUGCAAGAAGCCCAUCCUCGAGCGCACCAUCUCGGCCAUGGGCGAGUCCUGGCACGAGAAUUGCUUCCGCUGUGAUGGCGCCUGCAAGAAGCCACUGGCCAGCCUGCCCUUCUAUGAGCGCGACGGCAAGGUCUAUUGCCGGCAGGACUACGAGGAGCUCUUUGCCGCCCGGUGUGCCAAGUGCGACAAGCCGAUCACGGACAAUGCCGUCAUUGCUUUGGACACCAAGUGGCACCGUGACUGCUUCAGGUGCAACAAGUGCGAGAGUCCGAUCACCAGCCAGACCUUUGCCCUUGACGGCGGCAAGCCCGUGUGCACCUCCUGCAACUAUUAAAUUGAUCUUUGUAACAUGCAACCCAGCAACAUGUCGGCCAGAUACGAAUGGCUGCCUAUUUAGUAGGUACCAGCGUUCGUAGUUAGCCAUUCGUCUCUGGAGACCGUUAAGUCAAACAAUUUCGGCCGAAUAUUAGAAGACUUAGAAAUCCUUAAGAACCCAUAGAAGCCUUUGCUCACAUCAUAGUCCAAAUUAUCCAGAACUCAAAGCAAUUAAUGAGAACACAAAGCCACCACCACAACAAAAAAUAAAUAUGUAAAAAAAAAUGAACCAUAACCAAAACCCAAAA